AGAAAAGGCGGUGGUGUGUUAAUGUAGUGUCUGAGUGACUGAUCCGACUCUGUGUCAACCCAACACUGGGUCAAUGGUGCAACUACACCUCCUAUUUAUACUCCCCGUAGAGUUCUGCGUAUAUACAGUCAAGAGACACCCCCAACAGCAUUCCCUCCCAACAUGGCAGUCAGACAGAAAUCAAUAACCUACCCCACUCUCAUUUAAUUUUUUACCUCGUCCAGACGAACUGUUUACUCGAGCCAAGGGUAAACCUUCCAAAUUUAGAUUAUUCCGCGACAGUUCAUAAAAAAGAAAUAGUAUGUACUGAUAAAAUAGGCGUGCUAUUCUAUCAUGGUUUGCGAAUUUAUUUGUCAAUAUUUAUCCAUCUAAGUACAACCUCAUUUAACAAUGUUUCUUCAAAAUGCUGACUGAAAGAUAAAAAACAACAAUGCCGCCUCCGAAUACGAACAAAGACACCGACGAUAGUCAAACGUGGGAAUUGGCUGAAAGGUGUCUUUUGCCUAUUGCAUUUUCGCACGCAGUUGCCGUUAUUCUCGCUACCAUUCUGAACACCUUUGGUAUCUCACAAACUUCAAGUUUUGUUCUGUUCUUGAUGUUACUGGCUAUUUCUUUAGGCUCUACAUUAUUCUACCAUAAUUUGAAGGUAACUGCAGCAGGCAAAGCGGUACUUAUUACAGGUUGUGACUCCAGAGUUGGAUACGCUUUGGCAAAACAAUUAGAUGACUUGGGGUAUACUGUGUUCGCGGGAUUUACGAAUAAAAUCGAAAAUGAGGAGCUUGCGCAAAAGUUAAAGAAAGAGGCUUCAGGUAGACUACACACUUUGCAAUUAGAUGCGACGAAUGAACGUGACAUUCAUUCGACUUUUCUUUACGUUAACGAGAACUUGCCAGAUGGAGCGCCAGGAUUGUGGGCAUUAGUACAUGCAGCGGCUUGGGUUGCCUUGGGUGAAUGUGAAUGGGUUCCGCCAUCUGUGGUGAAGAGGAGCAUAGACAUUAAUUUCAUUGGUGUUACUCGGUUAACUCAGAUAUUUCUACCCUUGGUGAGACGUUCAAAAGGUCGUGUAGUGCUGGUCGGUAGUCUCUUGGCUCGUAUACCUAGUCCUGUACGUGGAAUAUAUUGCGCAGUUAAGGCUGCAAUUGAGGCUUGGGGAACUUGCCUACGUUUGGAAAUGCGUAGAUGGGGAGUGGAUGUGGUUAUUGUAGAAACUGGAGAAUAUAUCUCAGGUAAUGCAUGGCUGAAAGACAAUGCUGCCCUGCUCGAACAAGCUAGAGAUAUGUGGACCCAACUAGAUCCUCAAACUCGUAAGGAAUAUGGACAAGAAUUGUUCCAAAAAGAAAUGUUAGCUUUGGAGAAAUACACACAAGGUCCUGAAGCUGACCUAACUCCAGUUACAAGAGCACUAACUGAUGGUGUUAUUAAAACUUUUCCAUUGAGAAGAUAUACUCCAGUAUCACGCAGUGAAAGAAUACAAGCAUUGCUCAGCGAUCAUUUACCAAAAGCUGUCUAUGACAUAAUCUACACGAAUUAAUAUUUUCUAUUAGUGUUGAACAAAAAGUAUAACACUUGUGGAGUUGUCAAAAAAAUUUUAAAUUACGACAGUAAAAUAAAACUAUAAAUUAGACAUAAUUAGAUUAAAACAUUUUGAGCACGUUCGUAUAAGACUUAUUACUGUUGAAAGUAAUAGUGUUAAUGCCUAAAGAUUAUAUUACCAAGUAGUUUAUAAUUCCGUCAAAUACAUGUAACAGGGUUAGUACCAUAAAAUUAUUAACAAAUAAAUUUUUAAAAUGAAAUAGUAAUGUAAGAUCGGUUCAAUAAAAAAGGAGAUAUAAGGAUUCAA